GCCUGCUUCCCCGCCAUUCCCAUCAAAACAAUCAACGUUAUCUCGUAUUGCCGCCCCAGAGCAAUUCUGCUUGCAAUCAUUCCUUUGCGCCCCUCAUCUCUUCCACCACGGAUUUUAUUUUUGCUCUUUGCCCCUCUGCUUCAUUUUGUCUGCCGCCCACAACAGUGCUACUAGCUUCAUCUUAAGCGCCCAUUGCCCGGUGGCCGUCUCGAUGCUCCGACGCAACUGAGCGACAACACCCCUUUCUCCUCCUCCAAAACUCUUCCAACUCGCCCGAAUUACUCCAGUAUCACUCUACAGCAGCUCCGAAUUGCUAGAUUGGCGACACAUCCGCUCCAAACUCGGUCCUCUGACGCGAUAAACAACGAAUCCUUUCGACCCCCUUCCAUCUCACCUCGGCAUAACCGGUCAUCAUGGAGAUGAAUCCGGAACAGCACGCUCUCGAAGCGCAGCAAGCUCAAGAUUUCGCCCAGCAGCAGCAUCAACAACACACAGACGCCGCGCACGCCGCCCCGAUGCCGUCAUACGACAACUACCCCCAGUCCCCUGAACAAACCAUGACCCAGGAUAUGCACGACGACGAUCCCGCGACGCAAUAUACACCACCCGCACAGGGAAUCCAUUCACAGCAGCAGCAACAGCAGCAGCAGCAACCACAGCAGCAAGGCGACUAUCGUCAACAGGGCGCCUCCGGCGAAUCAUCCAACGGCCGUAACCAUGUCGUCAUCAAGGUUGGUAUGGUUGGCGACGCGCAAAUUGGCAAGACAUCUCUCAUGGUCAAGUACGUCGAAGGUAGCUGGGACGAAGACUAUAUUCAGACCCUCGGCGUCAAUUUCAUGGAAAAGACAAUCUCCAUCCGAAACACCGAAAUCACCUUUUCGAUUUGGGACUUGGGUGGCCAGCGCGAAUUCGUCAACAUGUUGCCUUUAGUCUGCAACGACGCUGUCGCCAUUCUCUUCAUGUUCGACUUGACGCGCAAGAGCACGCUUAACAGUAUCAAGGAGUGGUACCGCCAAGGCCGCGGCUUCAACAAGACUGCUAUUCCUAUCCUUGUCGGUACAAAGUACGACCACUUUGUCAACUUCCCAAUCCAAGAUCAAGAGGAAAUCUCAAACCAGGCGCGACGAUUUGCAAAGGCAAUGCGUGCAGCACUAAUCUUUUCAAGCACAAGUCAUAGCAUCAACGUUCAAAAAAUUUUCAAGAUUGUCCUAUCCAAAGCUUUCGACCUAAAGUGUACGAUACCCGAAAUCGAAAAUGUUGGAGAGCCGCUGCUGCUCUACCAAUCAGUAUAACGCUUCUUUGGCUUCUCCCCCCGCUGUAUUCACACUCCCUUUUGUUUUAUUUUGCUUUGGGCAUGGUGUUGGACAUGGACACUGAGCCCUGGAGGCGCAGACUCGUUUAUAUUAUUUUGUUUCUUUGUUUUUACACUACACAUAGUACCGGAGAGACCGAAGAGGGUUGGCAAGAGCCAGCCGUAUGCAUAGAUCAUGGCGCUGCUGUAUACGGUAAUGGUACAGUUCGUCGUAAAGAAUACACAUAUUUUAACAUAUCCCCUGAUGCUAUGCUGUUCUCAACACACGUUCCAGACCAAUAUUCCCAAGAGCAUCGUGAUUAAUGUAAGGAGCAUCGCGUUGGCAAGAUACAGCUGCUCCGUAACUCGGGACACGGGAACUGUACUACUGUGUUCAACUCGGAGGGGAUCUGGCCAUUUGAUUUGGAUAAUUAGAGAAAUCUGUUC